UUGAAGUGGGUUCACUACCACCACCACUACUGUAGCCGCCGUCGAGCUCCGACUCUCGAGUGUAUUGCACCGAAGAACAAUUAUUAUAGUUAACACUAUUAUUUUUUUUUCCUUUUUUUUUUUUUAUUUUAGUUGUUAUUAUUAUUAUUAUUAUUCCACCGUCGUCUUGUUCGUGCUACUCCUCACUGGCCACUGCACGGUCGCAGAUCACACCGCGCGGUGACAACGACCAUAAUAAUUUUUCCGGCAAACGCACUCGGCGGUGUUCUUUUCAUCUUCCGUCUCUCGUAUCAACAAUAAUAUUCAGUAGGAUUUUCUCUCUUCCGAUCCGUGUGACACUUCGACAUAACUGGUGCCGUAAUAAGUCCGGAGCGCGUGACCCGUCGCCGUCUAUACAUCGCCGUAUUUGGUCAGUGGACGACGAGCGCCCUAAUUGAAAAGUCGAAUCGUCGUCACCGGACAACAAGUGCGCUUUUCAAAUAAUAUUUCGUCUUCAAAAAUUUACAUCUGAUAAUUUAUUCCUUUUUUCCAUUUCCAAUUUUUUUUUUCUAUUUACUCGCGCAUCAAUUUGUAUUACACUUACGUAUACAUUUUCGGAUAUACGUAAGUACUUUGUGUGCCUAUAUGUAUAUUGUACAUAGUAUUAGCAAGUAAACUUCGUGUGAGACCACCACCGCGACAAUGCCGACCGGAAACGUCGCCGAUAUCGAAAUCAUGCCGUCGACUAGCUACAGGACUGCCUAAAUGCGUGUGUUCAGGUACUACGUGACACCCGAACAGCUAUGAGUAUCACGGUCACCACCAUUAAUCCCGUAUCGACAAUUAAAGAGAUGCCUUUGCCUCGGAACCGGCCGCCGCAUAUAUUGCUGUCCAACAACAAUGGUACGUCGAGCACGUCCAAUGACUCGUGCAUAUCGCAGUCGGAUUGCGGUAGCGAUCACCUGCCGUCGUUACUCAAAUACUCGCAAAUUCUCGAGAAAUCUAACGCCGUCGCCGUCAACAAACUGGCGAAAAAGUGUUCGAAACCAUCAAACCUCGACAUAAUUGUUGACAAGGCGACAAGCAACAUAGAUUUGUAUGUAGAGAACAAGGACGCCCUAUAUGGUAUCGGAAAAUCGGCCACUUGUCUCCAGCCAAUCAUCAAGCACGAUGAUUUGAGCAGCUCACCAAAUUCAAAGGUCACAUCACUGAAUAAACCGAAAAAAAAAGGCUUCACACCCGACUAUGUCUGUAGUAUUUACAGCAGUAGCUUGACCAAAUUUGAAAAAAUUGAGAUAUUUGGUUUUCCAGAAAUAUAUUUUUUUGGCAUUGAAGCAGACAAGAAGCAACGACCUUUCAAUGGAACACAAUCAUUAUUUGAUAAUGAUCAAGGUGGAUAUGUAUUCGUUCCUCAUGAUCACGUUGGUUAUCGUUACGAGCUGCUUAAAGUAAUUGGCAAAGGCAGUUUUGGUCAAGUAGUCAAAGCGUAUGACCACAAGCUUAACGAACAUGUAGCACUCAAGAUUGUCAGAAACGAGAAACGGUUUUAUCGGCAAGCCCAAGAAGAAAUCAGAAUAUUAGAACAUUUACGCAAGCAAGAUAUUCACAAUUUAAUGAACAUUAUUCAUAUGUUUGAUAGUUUUACAUUCAGAAAGCAUAUGUGCAUUACUUUUGAACUUUUAUCCAUCAAUUUGUAUGAACUAAUCAAGAAAAAUAAAUAUCAAGGGUUCAGUCUCCAAUUAGUGCGAAAAUUUAGCCAUUCACUACUUGUAUGCCUUGAUGCUUUAUACCGUAACAAAAUAAUUCACUGUGAUAUGAAACCAGAAAAUGUUCUCUUGAAACAGCAUGGCCGAAGUGGGAUCAAGGUCAUUGAUUUUGGUUCUAGCUGUUUUGAACAUCAGAGGGUGUAUACAUAUAUCCAAAGUCGCUUUUAUCGAGCACCUGAAGUAAUCCUGGGCGCAAAAUAUGGACUUCCGAUUGAUAUGUGGAGUUUAGGUUGCAUUCUUGUAGAACUAUUUACCGGUUUUCCAUUAUUUCCAGGUGAAGAUGAAACUGAUCAAUUGGCCUGUAUUAUUGAACUAUUAGGAAUGCCUCCUAAAAAGCUUUUAGAUGCUUCAAAGCGUUCUAAUUAUUUCAUAAGCUCUAGAGGGUAUCCGAGAUAUUGCUCCCAGACCACAUUACCUGAUGGUUCAACCAUUCUCAAAGGAAGUAUAUCACGGAAGGGUAAAGCUCGAGGACCACCCGAAUCUAAAGACUUAUCAAAAGCACUCAAAGGCUGUGAUGAUCCACUGUUCUUAGACUUUAUUUCUCAGUGUUUGGAAUGGGACCCUGAACGCCGUAUCACACCUGCUAUGGCGUUAAGGCACAGUUGGUUACGUCGUAGACUUCCUCGCCCUCCAGCUGCUGAACAUCAACAUUAUUCACAAGAAAGCACUCCUACUAGUUUACGGGUAAAAUUAUCUGAAUCAAAUCAUCAUCAAACAUUGCCCAUGCAUUCCAGGAACUCUCAGAUAUCGGGUAAAUUACCCCAGAUCACUUCAACAUGUAUUAUGUAAAAAUUAUCCUCUAAAAAAUAUAUUGUACUAUGGUUGUAAUUCCUGAAUGAAAAUGAUUAAAUUUAGAUGAAUAGGUAGAUUUAUUGAAGAUCUUAACCUUGUGAAUUAUUUGUUAAAAAAUAGGUAUUUACCGAUUUUAGGAUCUCUAGAUCGGCAUAAUGUUAUGUUUGUCUCAAUUAUAUUUUAAGAUUUUUUUUUAUAUUUCAGUAAUUUUGAACUCAAACAAAUA